AUGUCUCUUCUGUUCGCCGAGUACGGAAUUCAUACGCACUACUACGACCCUUCCAAGAAGAACAUCGAAGCCCUCCAAUCCCACGCCAAGGAAAGCAAGCACGAAGACAAGAUCACCUACCACGACGACCACAAGUCAUUGUGCGAGGCUCUAGAGGACGGUGAUAAGCCCAAGGUCUUCAUUAUCGAUGCCCUCGAACCCUACCUCAAGCCAGGCGACAUCAUCAUGGACGCCUCCAACGAGCACUGGAAGGCGACCGAGAGACGACAGGCCCGCCUUGAGCCAAAGGGAAUCCAUUACAUUGGAAUGGGCGUCUCUGGGGGCUACCAGUCUGCUCGCCAUGGUCCUUCCAUCUCCCCGGGUGGCAGCAAGGAGGCCCUCGACAAAGUGUUCCCCUUCCUCCAGAAAAUCGCGUCCAAAGACAAAAAGGGACAACCAUGCGUGGCCAAGCUUGGACCGGGCGGAUGCGGGCACUACGUCAAGAUGAUCCAUAACGGCAUUGAGCACGGAAUGAUGACUGCCCUCUGUGAAGCCUGGGCCAUCAUGAACAUCGGCUUGGGCAUGGACUACGAAGAGAUCGGCACCGUGUUUGAGAAGUGGAAUGGUGACAAGGAAAGGCCAUUGAGGGACAACUUCUUGAUUGACAUUGGUGCCGAUAUCUGCCGGACCAAGGAUGAGAAGGGCAACUAUGUGCUGGCCAACGUGCGUGACAAGGUCGUUCAGGAUGUAGACAACUCCGAGGGGACGGGAACGUGGUCGGUCCAGGAGGGUACCAGACUCCAUGUGCCAGAUCCAACCAUUGCCGUUUCGCACCUUUUCCGGGUAGCUUCAGCAGAUGCAGCGAGGAGACUGACAGUCAGCAAGGCGUUGAACGGAAAGGGGGUGAAGCCGGCUCGAAUCGAGGGUGUCGAUAAGGACAAGUUCCUGGAAGACUUGUACAACGCCGUCUAUGCCUCCUUCCUCAUGUGCUUCAUCCAGGGCCUGCACGUCCUUUCCAAGGCAAACGAGGAAAACGACUGGAAGCUCGACUUUGCUGAUGUCCUGCAGCUCUGGCGCAAUGGAUGCAUCAUUCAAAGCGACGGAAUUGCCGAUUUGCUCGAGACUGUGUAUCGCUCGAGGGAGCACGACAACGAUGAUCUCCUAGGACACCAAACGAUUGCUGGCGAGCUCGCAAAAACGUACCCGUCGCUCAAGAGGGUUGAGGCCGAGUUGGACUACUUCGGGGCUCACAUGUUCGACCUAAAAACUGCUGAGCCGGGUAAGCCGGUGACGGGUAAACACCACUUUGAGUGGAAGCCCGCAAGAGGUAUUCUGGAGACGGACGACUAA